UGUGAGAGAGAGUCUGAGGGAAACAGCUCGUUUAACCCGUCCAUCAGCCAUCAACCUGCGCGUUCACACACUUUUCCGCGCGCGCCAGUGAGUGUGUGAGUGUCUGUAUGUGUGUGAGUGUGUGUGUGAGUGUGUGUGUGUGUAUAAGAGAGAAAUCAGACCCGGAGAUCAGAUGGAUUUAUGAAUCGGAUGACGGCGCGGGGUUCCAGAUGUGCGCGCGACUCCGGUGUGCAGCGUGAUGCUGAGAGAGCGGCGCCAUGCUGGAAGUCAGCGACAUCCUCGCGGUGCCAGCGUUGUGCCAGGACACAGAGAGGUGGCACAAACAGCGGGGGGCGCUGCUCGACCCUCUCUUACCUCACACGGGCAGCUGUGAUGCCCUCUGCCCCACACAGGAAGGGGGGCUGGGGGCAAUGGGGGGGCAGCCAGGGGUCAACGCCACUCUCUUCACCCGCAGGAGGGGAGGACUUAUCGAACAGAGGGACAUCGUUAAAGCUCAUCAGGCUCACAAGAUACAGAGCACGCCACAGGCACGACGCAAAGAAUGGGAAAUGGCUCGGUUCGGGGACGCGGUGCCGCCGGGCCACGGCGUGCUGGACGGCGGGUCGGAGCGCAGCCGCACUCGGGAGCCUCCUUCAUCCUCCACCGGCGGAGUUUCUCCGGUUUUCAAGCAGACCAAAGCGCAGCGCGCGCGCACCAUGGCCCUGUACAACCCCAUCCCGGUCCGACAGAACUGCUUCACCCAGAACCGCUCGCUCUUCAUCUUCAGCGAGGACAACGUGGUGCGGAAGUACGCCAAGAGGAUCAUAGAGUGGCCGCCGUUCGAGUACAUGAUCUUAGCCACCAUCAUCGCAAACUGCAUUGUUUUGGCUCUGGAGCAGCAUUUACCUGGAGAGGACAAGACGCCUAUGUCAAAGAGACUGGAGAAAACCGAGCCCUACUUCAUCGGGAUGUUCUGUUUCGAGGCGGGGAUAAAGAUCGUGGCUCUGGGAUUCGUGUUCCAUAAAGGAUCGUACCUGAGGAACGGCUGGAACGUCAUGGACUUCAUCGUGGUGCUCAGCGGGAUCCUGGCCACUGCAGAAGCUCAUAUGAACAUCCCGGUUGAUCUGAGGACGUUACGAGCUGUUCGGGUUCUGCGGCCCCUCAAACUGGUGUCAGGAAUUCCAAGUCUGCAGAUCGUUUUGAAGUCCAUCAUGAAGGCGAUGGUUCCUCUGCUGCAGAUCGGCUUGUUGUUAUUUUUUGCCAUUUUAAUGUUCGCCAUCAUCGGCCUGGAGUUCUACAGCGGCCGCCUACACAAGACCUGCAUCCCCGAUCCAGAUAUACAGGAGAACGAGACGGUUCCGGAUUGGGAGGCGGAGUUUCCGUGUGGAGAUCGUCUGUGUCCGUAUAAAUACAGCUGUAACGGAUCGUGGAUCGGGCCGAACGACGGAAUCACGCAGUUCGACAACAUCCUGUUCGCCGUGCUCACCGUGUUCCAGUGUAUCACCAUGGAGGGCUGGACCACCGUCCUGUACAACGCCAACGAUGCUUUAGGUCCAACGUGGAACUGGCUGUACUUCAUCCCCCUCAUCAUCAUCGGCUCCUUCUUCGUGCUCAACCUGGUGCUGGGAGUUCUGUCCGGAGAGUUUGCUAAGGAGAGAGAGCGUGUGGAGAACAGGAGAGCUUUUAUGAAGCUCAGACGUCAGCAGCAGAUCGAAAGAGAACUGAACGGAUAUCGAGCUUGGAUUGACCGAGCAGAGGAAGUGAUGCUGGCAGAGGAGAAUAAGAACUCGGGUCCUUCAGCUCUGGACGUGUUAAAGAGAGCCACCACGAUAAAGAGGAGGGGAGUGGACACCAUCCGACACGGUCCUGAAGAGCAGUGUGUGGACAUCGCUUCUGUCGGUGGGCCGAUGAACAGGGCGAGUAUCCGCAGCGUAAAGCGAGGGCCCGCGGCGUAUUUCCGGAGGAAAGAGAGGAUGUUGCGUAUCUCCGUCCGCCGCAUGGUGAAGACACACACCUUCUACUGGACCGUGCUGGGCCUCGUGGCCUUAAACACCAUCUGCGUGGCCAUCGUUCAUCACAACCAGCCCGAGUGGCUCUCCACCUUCCUCUAUUACGCAGAGUUUCUGUUCCUGGGUCUGUUUCUGACGGAGAUGUUCCUGAAGAUGUACGGUCUCGGGCCUCGACUUUACUUCCACUCCUCCUUUAACUGCUUCGACUUUGGAGUGAUCGUUGGCAGUAUCUUUGAGGUGAUCUGGAGUUUCUUCAGACCGGGAAUGAGUUUCGGGAUCAGCGUCCUGCGUGCGCUCCGACUGCUGAGGAUCUUCAAGAUCACCAAGUACUGGGCGUCUCUGAGGAACCUGGUCGUGUCGUUGAUGAACUCCAUGAAGUCCAUCAUCAGUUUGCUCUUCCUCCUCUUCCUCUUCAUCGUGGUUUUUGCUCUGCUGGGCAUGCAGCUGUUCGGCGGAAGGUUCAUCUUUGAAGAAUACACUCCUACUAACUUUGAUACGUUUCCAGCUGCCAUAAUGACCGUGUUUCAGAUCCUUACAGGAGAGGACUGGAACGAAGUGAUGUACAACGGGAUUCGCUCUCAGGGAGGAGUGAAGUCGGGAAUGUGGUCUUCCAUUUACUUCAUCGUCCUCACGUUGUUUGGAAACUACACACUUCUCAACGUCUUCUUGGCUAUCGCUGUAGACAAUUUAGCCAACGCUCAAGAGCUCACCAAGGAUGAAGAGGAGGAAGAGGAAGCGUUUAAUCAGAAACACGCGCUGCAGAAGGCGAAAGAGGUCGGCCCGAUGUCGUCCUUCAUUUCCUCAGAGCGGAGGAGACGGCCGUAUCUGUACAGGAAGCGCGUGCUGAUCCACCGCGGCCGCACGGCUUUCUCUCUGGAGGAGUCGGACAGUUUCAGCGACGCUCCUCCACUCAAUCCCUCUCGCUCUUUCAUGUCCAGGAGAGAAAGACGCCGGCGUCUGACCAUGUCCGUGUGGGAGCAGAGGACCAGCCAGCUCCGGCGCCAUCGCCAAACGUCCAGCCGAGAAGUCCUCUACGGCUCGUCCGUGUGCCACCAUCGGAAACUCGCGCACUCCACCGAGAUCCCGCCCUCGCCAGAGAUCAGCUCCGCUCUCGACCCUCUGGAGUCUCUGGAGCCGUCCAUGGAGGAGCAGAACGUCUCCAUCCCGCUGCCGGAUCCUCCCGAAUCCGAACAGUCAAACACCAAAGAUCUGCACCGGAACACCGCGCACACACACACAGACAUCAGCACCACUCUGGAGCUCCUGGAUCCUCUAGACCCGGCGAAAGAAGAGCAGAACAUGGAUAACGCCCAGUUACCCGGAAACGCCUCGGAGGAAUUUCAGGAUAAAAACCACUUGAGUGUCCGGAGGCCAAACGGAGAGCGGCGGCAACGAGGGACGCGUAAAUACAGCAAAUACAGUAAACACAGCAAACACAGAAACUCAGAAACACACCACCAACGGCACGACGAGCCGAACGCACACGAGCGCAGCCGCUCCACCAGCCGAGAACGGAGGACGAGAAACGAAGGCGAGGAAGAGGAGGAGGAGAAGAAGAGCAACAACGAUGGAGGUGUCGGUCAAGAAGGAAGGACCGCUGAGGACAGAGAUCUGGCCUCAGACUCGGAGCCGGCCACGCUCCAGAUCACCGACAGCACGACGCUGGAGUCUGUAGUAACCUGUAAGGCCGCUACUGAGGGAGAAAACAACAACAACCAAGACAAAACGUCACUCAGCACCAAUGUAGUGAUUGGAGACAUGGACACCGCACCAGGCCUGGAGCUCUCCACCAUUACAACAAAUAAUAAAGAUCUGGAGGCCUCAAAAUCUGAGAAGGAAGACGAGGAAGCAGCGAAUCGUUCGAGAACUCCCCCAGACAGCAUGUUCAUCUUCAAACCCCACAAUCCGAUCCGCAGGGCGUGUCAUUAUGUCGUUAAUCUGCGUUAUUUUGAAAUGUGCAUCCUGUUGGUCAUCGCUGCGAGCAGUAUCGCUCUGGCGGCUGAAGAUCCAGUGGCCACAAACUCAGACUGGAAUAAAGUGCUGCGUUACUUUGAUUAUGUGUUCACUGGAGUUUUCACAUUUGAAAUGAUAAUUAAGAUGAUCGAGCAGGGCCUGAUCCUUCAUGAUGGCUCUUAUUUCCGUGAUCUGUGGAACAUUCUGGAUUUCAUCGUUGUGGUUGGAGCGCUGGUGGCGUUUGCUCUCACGAAUGUACUGGGGAAUAAUAAAGGUAGAGACAUUAAAACCAUCAAGUCUCUGCGAGUGCUGCGAGUUCUCCGGCCCCUGAAGACCAUCAAGCGACUUCCUAAACUAAAGGCGGUGUUUGAUUGCGUGGUCACGUCUCUGAAGAACGUCUUUAACAUCCUCAUCGUCUAUAAGCUCUUCAUGUUCAUCUUCGCCGUCAUCGCCGUGCAGCUCUUCAAGGGCAAGUUCUUCUACUGCAGCGACGGCUCCAAGGACACGGAGAAAGACUGUCAGGGUUACUACAUCGACUACAACAAAGAUAAGAAGGAGGUGAAGAAGCGCGAGUGGAAGAGACACGAGUUUCACUACGAUAACGUGAUCUGGGCGUUACUCACACUCUUCACCGUCUCUACAGGAGAAGGCUGGCCUCAGGUUCUCCAGCACUCGGUGGACGUGACGGAUGAGGAUCAGGGUCCGAGUCGAGGGAACCGGAUGGAGAUGUCCAUCUUCUACGUCAUUUAUUUUGUGGUUUUCCCGUUUUUCUUCGUCAACAUCUUCGUCGCUCUCAUCAUCAUCACCUUCCAGGAGCAAGGAGACAAGAUGAUGGAGGAGUGCAGCCUGGAGAAGAACGAGAGGGCGUGUAUCGACUUUGCGAUCAGUGCUAAGCCGCUAACACGCUACAUGCCGCAGAACCGCCACACGUUCCAGUAUCGACUGUGGCACUUCGUGGUGUCGCCUUCGUUUGAGUACACGGUGCUGACCAUGAUCACACUCAACACCAUCGUCCUCAUGAUGAAGUAUUAUUCAGCUCCUCCUGUAUACGACGCCGUGCUGAAACACCUCAACACUGCGUUCACUGUGCUCUUCUCUGUCGAGUGUGUUCUCAAAAUCUUGGCGUUUGGUUUUAUGAAUUAUUUCAGAGACACGUGGAAUAUAUUCGAUUUCAUCACCGUCCUGGGAAGCAUCACGGAAAUCGUGGUCGACCAGCAGUCGGCUUCCUUUAACAUGAGCUUCCUGAAGCUGUUCCGUGCGGCUCGGCUCAUAAAGCUGCUCCGGCAGGGAUACACCAUCCGCAUCCUCCUCUGGACCUUCGUCCAGUCCUUCAAGGCUCUGCCGUACGUCUGUCUGCUCAUCGCCAUGCUCUUCUUCAUCUACGCCAUUAUCGGCAUGCAGGUUUUUGGGAACAUCAAGCUGAACGAGGAAACUCACAUCAACCAACACAACAACUUCAAAACCUUCUUCGGUGCCUUGAUGUUACUCUUCAGGAGUGCGACGGGCGAGUCGUGGCAGGAGAUCAUGUUGUCGUGUUUAGGAGGUCAGGAGUGUGAAGCCGAUCCGUCUCUCAUCCCUCCGUCCGAACCUGAUGGAGGAUGUGGCACUGACUUCGCUUACUUCUACUUCGUCUCCUUCAUCUUCUUCAGCUCCUUCCUGAUGUUGAAUCUGUUUGUGGCAGUGAUUAUGGAUAACUUUGAGUAUUUGACGCGCGACUCCUCGAUUCUCGGUCCUCAUCACCUGGACGAGUUUGUGAGGAUGUGGGGACAAUACGACCGAGCGGCCUGUGGUCGUAUUCACUACACUGAUAUGUACGAGAUGCUGACCUUCAUGUCUCCGCCGCUUGGCCUGGGCAAGAAAUGCCCCUCCAAGGUGGCUUAUAAGAGGCUGGUGCUGAUGAACAUGCCAGUGGACGCAGAGAUGACGGUUCACUUCACGUCCACUCUGAUGGCUCUGAUCCGCACCGCACUGGAGAUCAAGAUCGCACGAGGUGGAGAAGACCGUGGACAGAUGGACAUUGAGCUUCAGAAAGAGAUCAGCGUCAUUUGGCCGCACCUCUCCCAGAAGACACUGGACCUGCUUGUGCCCAUUCAUAAAGCGAGUGACAUGACGAUCGGGAAAAUCUACGCCGCCAUGAUGAUCAUGGAUUAUUACAAACAGAACAAAGCUAAAAAGCUCAGACAGCAGCUGGAGGAACAAAAACACGCCCCGAUGUUCCAGCGCAUGGACGCCUCGUCGUUACCGCAGGAAAUUCUGUGCAGCGCUAAAGCUCUGCCGUUCCUCACACACAGCGCAGGAAACGCUCUGACGAGAGGCGGGUUCGUGGCGUUGAGUCCCAUUUCUCCUCAGGAACUCUUCAUGCAGCCAAUCACACCAGAGCAAGAGGAGGAGGAGUACACACCCCACUACAGACCCCAACACUCCCCCAGCACGGUGAACUCGGAGAAGAAGCUGAUGAAGCGCUCGUUCUCCACCAUCGGGGAUCAGUGUGUGAACGGCGUCUGGCAGGAAGAGUUCUCGCUGGAGAGAGUGAGUCCUGAGCGGCUGGAGAGACCGCGGCAGCGCAGCUUCAGAGGUGUCAGGUCGAACCUCAGAGAGCCGGUGUGUAAGGAGAGAGGACGCUCGAAGGAGAGGAAACACCUGCUGUCACCUGAUCCAUCACGCUGCAACUCUGAGGAGAGAAACCAACCAAGAACACACGAGACACAACACACACACACACGCUCACCCAGCGAGGGGAGAACACACACACAGGGCGAUGCUUCAGAAAGUCCACUUCCCUCCUCCUCAGACUCCAGGGGGCGUCGCCAGCUUCCUCAGACUUCCUCCAGGCCCCGCCCACACAUCUCCUAUUCGCCUCUGGUGUGCCGCAGCCACCUGACCACAGAGGACAGCCAAUCACGGACACAGUCUGCCAUAGAGGGGGCGGGGUCUGUGUUAAGCCCCGCCUCCCCGCAGCGCUACACCUCGGAGCCAUAUCUGCCUCUGCACGACGACUCCAACAGUCCAGAGGAGAUGCUUACAUUUGAGGCUGCCAUAGCAACCAGUCGAGGGCGUGGCCAUGUCGUAAGCUCCGCCCCUCAGUUGCGUCACACGUGGCAGAUGCCUAACGGACAUUUCCGAAAAGGCUGCGAGCUCCUCAGUGACACGGACGAGGACGACCGCUGCUAGAGACAGUGGGCUGGAAGUGGGCGGAGCCUUGACACGAGCCAAUCACGUCCGGACAUUUCUUACUGGAGAUUUGUCCGGGACAUUUCAGAAGUGCACUGCCAAAAACGUAACAAGGCGGAGACGUCGCUCGUCUGAUUUUACCGAAAUAACAAGAGUGGAGCUUAAGUUAAAUUUUAUUUAGCCAAUCGCUAACUUAAUCAUGUGACAUCACCACAGGAGUUUAGCUAACGACCGCUAGUCUGCUAGCAAACGUGUCCACUGGAUUAAAUUACACGUGCAAUUAAACCGUUCACGUAACGUUAGCUAGCGACACCGAGCCGUUACUUAACGGGAGAAAUGCUAACAUUAGCUAGCUGUGUGAAGAAAAACAACAUCUAAUUAAAAUGAUCUCACAAGAUCAUCAGCUAUUGGCCGAUGAAAUGAAGCUUAAGCUCCGCCCUCGUUGACCUAGGGAAGCCUGUCAGAAACAGAACUAUGAAAAGAUAGAAAAGAAAGAAAGGAGAGAACAGAAUGAUGAACAACGAAAGAAAAAAAAACUGACAAAAGAAAGUAAGAAAAAGAAAUAAAAAAUGAAAGAAAGGAAUAACAAGAACAAAUGGAAUACAGAUAAAGAAAGAAACGAAUGAAAUACAGGUAAAGAAAGAAAGAAAGAGAGAAAGAGAAAAAAGAACAAAACUGACAAAAGAAAGAAAGAGCUUAUGAAAGAAAAAAGACAAAAAAAUAAAGAGAAAGGAAAAACUUAUGACAGAAAAAAGAGUGAAAGAAAGCAAGAAUGUAAGAAAGAAAAAGAACAAAACUAAUGAAAAAAAGAAAGAAAGAAAGAAAAAAUAAGGUAAGGAGGAAAGAAAGAGCCACAGAAAAAAGAAAAAGAUCAACAUUGAUGAAAGAAAUAAAUAAAAAAAUAAAUGAAGGAGAGAAACAGAACGAUAGGAAAAGAAAGAAAAGGGCAGAAGGUUAAGAAAGAAAGAAAGAAAAGAAAGAAAGAAAGAAAGAAAGAACGUUAAGCUGUGUUCAGUAGGCUGAGGGAGUGGCAGAGGAGAGACGAGCAGGACGUGUUGUGGAGCUCGGAUGUGGAACAGGCGGAGAACCGAGACAGAAACCUGAUGUUCCUCCUGAAGCUGUUCAUAAACUCACUCAGGCUCUAGAACAAGAGGCUCAGACGCUUAAUCAGCAGCCAGUGGAUCAAGAAAGUGUGUGUGUGUGUGUGUGUGUGUAUGUGUGUGUGUGCAGUGUGUGUGUGCAGUUUGUGUAUACAGUGUGUGUGUGUGUGCAGUUUGUGUAUACAGCGUGUGUGUGUGUGUGUGUGUGUGUGUGUGUGUUUACCUGCUCUGUAUGCUGCAGUGUUUCUGAUGAUCAGAGUCUCAGUGGCUCCGUUUACAUGCAGAGAUUCUCCUCAGUCCGAAGCUUCUGAUUGGUCAGCUGCUGUCAAACGUUAUGACAUCAUAAGCUGGUAGUUAGAAUUCAAAUUUAUUCUAAUUAGUUUCAGUAAUAAUAAUAAUAAUAAUAAUAAUGAUAAUAAUGAUAACUACAGGCAGGUGUUUACAGAGCGUUCACGUCACACUGGAAUUCCGGUGAUUACGAGAUGAAGACUCCAAUUCGGAAAAGAGACGUUUCUAUGGAAACGCACACAGCGCUUUCAUUCGCACUGAUUUGUCAACAGAAAGUUAAACUGUGCUGCAAUAUAUAUCGCAAUCUUUCAGAAUAUUCCUCACUGGUGAUGGACAGAAAGAAAGAAAGACCUUUAGUGUUUGACACCUAUGAGAAAGAAAGAAAGAAAACUAAUUGUAAAUAAAGAACAAAAAAGAACAGUAUAGAAAAAGAACGAAGCAUGUAAAAAAGAAAAAAAUAGAAAAAAGAAAGAAAGAAAGAAAAAAAGAAAGAACUAAUCAUGGUAAAUAAAGAAUGAAAAUUAAAGAAAAAGAAUGAAGCAAGGAAAAAAGAAACAGAAAGAACGAAAGAAAGAGAAAGAAAGAAAGACAGAAAUGAAAAAGAAAGAUGUCGGGAUGAAGUGAAGAGAAUGAAAAGAAGGGAAAAGGUCAAGAAAGAAAAAGAAAGAAGAAAUACAGAAAUAAAGAAAGCUGAAAGCAGAAGAAGAAAAGAAGGAAAAAGGAAAAGAAAAACAGGAAAAAGAAAGAUAAAAUAGAACUGAAAGAAAGACGUGAGCAGGAUUUCGUAACGACCUCAAUUCUGACGUGACGUAAAUGCACUAUUAGUGUCGUUGUUGCCAUGACGAUGAGACGCACAUCCUGCAAUAGUGUAACACUUAGCUAUCGUUAGCUACUUUCAGCCGCCUCCCCUCGAGUUAUUCCACGGAAUUUCCGCCUCUUCUGAUUGGACAGAAAUUUUCAUCGGGACCGCCGUCACUCCGUUCGCUAGCUUCCAGUUUAUUUUCGGUCUGCGUGUAAACGUAGCGGCUGACACGUGAUCGGAGCGUAUCGAUAAAAAGCCCUUUAACUGCAGGCGUGAUUUUGGCGAAGCGUCUCGGCCCUGGAACAGAACGGAACGGAGAUUUACGUUACGCACUGAAAAGCCAUUUCUAAUGUAAAUAAUCUCAAGUGUCUUAAACACGUACGUUUAUCUUUCUGUGACGUUACGAUAACGUUUAUACGGUUAUUUGCGUACGUUCUGAUUUUGCCGAGUGAACUUAAUUACGUAAUUUAACUUGGCUAGCGAAUUACAUUCUUAUAGCUACUGCUAUAGAGCUAACCUCAGUGUUAGCGAAGCUAACUCAGUAGCUGGCUAAUGCAAGCGCUAGCUGGCUAGCUCAGCUAAUAUUGCUAAAUUAUAACAAUUGCGUAAUUAACGCCAGUGUUUUUUUGCUAAGCACUGUGUCAAGAUGAAGAAGAAGAAGAACGUAAGAAAGAUGGAAAGAUAAAUUAAGAAGUUUGUGAUUGGCUGAUCCAAUUUGUCUCAAGCUCCGCCCCUUGUUGACCAUGUGACAUCACCCAUCACUCGGCUAAGUCAGGACAUGUGUGUUAGCGUGUUUACACACAGAGACAGCGAGGUGUGAGACGGACUGCAUGUUUACGCUCAUCAAGAAAGAAAGAGAUAAAUUGAAUGAUAGAAUAAAGUAGAAUGAAAGAAACGGAAGGCAAUGGAAGAAAGAAACAAAGAAAGAAAGAAAGAAAGAAAGAAAGAAGGGUGAAUAGAAAAAAAGCAGGAAGAAAAUGAAAGAAAAGGGAGAAAAGGAAAACAAAAAUAAAGACAAAAGAAAAGAUUGAAGAAGGAAAGAAAGAAACAAAAGAAAAUGAAUAAAAGAGAGAAAGGAAAAAAGAAAUAAAUAGAUCAUUCGAAUGAUGGAAAAAAGUCAAAUGAAAGAAAGAAAGAAAGAAAAAGAAAGAAAGAAAGAAGGAAAGAAAGAAGUUCAGGUGGCCGUAAUAUUAGAAACAUAAUUUGAUCAGUAAUGAAGCGGUCACUCGGCUGUAGAUUUUAUUUAAGACACAUUUUUACAGAAGUGGUGUGUGAUUUAUUAGAUUUCGAUCAGAUUUGAUCAGAUUCGAUCGGAUUUGAUUUGAUUUCGAUCGGAUUUGAGUUGAGUUGUGUGUGAAUGGAGAGACUCGGAGGCUCGGAGCAGAUCAGAGUGAUGUUUUAUUCCUGGAGCUCGGAGCUGAAGUCGAACCGACGGACGGUGAAUUUUUUUGUUUUUUGUUUUUUGUUUAAAGGAGAGAAAGGAGCAGAGGUGUAAUAAAUCUUUUCGGAAUGUGAUGAACUAUUCUGUGAUUAUUUUCAGACUGAAAGCGAUGUUCAGUGCCGUGUGUCGUGACGUAACCCCUGUGACUGAGACGUGAUGUAGGAAGCGGGACGUGUGUAAAGCGUGUAGCGUUAGAGCGUGUGUGUAAAUAAACGAGCAGCGCUGACAGAGGAACGGUUCGUCCACAGCGUUAAUUUCACUCUGUUCUGGUGAAAAAAAGUUCUGUUUUGUACUUAAAAAUCCAUCUAAUUAUUAUUGUGUUUAAUAAAAACAACAAAUCCGAA